UGCGAUGAAACCACUUUAAAAGGGCUGGGGGAGAAAUGCCCACGCCAAGGCAAAAGUGAACAGGAUUAUUCUCCCCAAAGAACACACAUUCCAACCUCAUGAACAGUGAACAAGGCUAGAAAGGAAUAGACCUUCAAAAAGAAAUCACCUUGUCCCAUAGCUAUAGACAAUUGCGAGGGCUGCUGGUCAUCCCUAACGUCUCCCCAACACUGCCCACGCUGUCCGCUAUACAAUGUCGGAAGUAAAACAACAAUAUGAGCAGCAAGGACAGCGACAGGAGCCACGUUCCCCUCUGGGGGAUGAAGAGCUAAGGGCAUGGUGGUUGGCGACGACGGAGCAAUCGCAGCAAGACACAAUCCAUACCGCACCCGGAAACACGCAUGAAUAUGAAAGAGAUGCUUCUGGGUAUGUUUCGUGCUGUUUUUUGUUAUGGCCUCUUGGCAAAUGUAGUUUGAGCUUGGCGGGCAGCGCAUCCCUGCGCUUCGGGUUCAAAAGCGUGUGGUAAAAGGGGAUCAAAGAAACUGGAUUACGGGAUCAUUCUAUAAAUAGUUCGAUAGGUCUCUACUGUUUGUUUCCUUCUGUGUCUUUUGGCCAAGACGGGAAGAGACGUGGAUAACCAUAGCUCUUGUGCUUUGUUGGAUGCGCAGAAGCAGCGCAUAUAACUGGGAGGCCUUGGGAUUGCCAUCUAAGAAACCCUUGCACUGACCAUUGGGAACCUAUCCUUGCUUUCUUGUCCGUUUUCGCCUACGCCAAUUCCCUUGCUUAAACCUUUCCUACCUGGCCACAUCAACGCUCGUGCCGUCUUGCUCUUGUCUCAAACCUUCCAACAACCGCUGGUGACGCGCCUGAAUACCCUUUUCCCUCCACUCCGUACAUUUCGCGGUCGCCACCAUACAUAAUGGGAAAAAGCAAAAAGAAUGGCAAAGUCUCACCAUACCCUACCUCUGCAUGGUACCCGUCAAUUUAUGAAGGCGACGCACACGACUCCUCUUCCGACUCAGAUCUUCGCAACUAUGUCUUCUACUCCGACCCUCUGUCCCGCGAGGAUCUCCGCCGUAGUCCAGAUGAAAAGAAAGGCACCUCCACCAGCAGCAAGCGCAACAGCUCACAACCACAUUCCCCGACGUCACCCCUGAUAGUAUCCCCAUCACAUAAGCCCAGCGUCGACUAUGCAACGGUCAUAGAAGAAGGUGGUACUGCCGGUUCAGAGGGGUUCCGCGAAAAGGCUCCUGAUAUGUCAUACUACACACGCAUGGCAGCGGAGGAAGCGGAGGCAGUCGAGAAACUUCCGGCUGCGCUGCAUAAUCCCAAAGUUCGAAUACAGCUAGCAAAGCUGAAACCGCAUCGACCAUGGUUUCUGGGUCUUAUGACGCUGUUGCAGGUCGGAACGUUGAUUGCUAGUUUUGUCAUCAACCAAAAGAACACUGGGAGUAUCAUUCAAACAAAUCCGUUCAACUACAUGAUUGGACCUACGUCUGGGGUUCUCAUAUCAAUGGGAGCGCGCUUUGUUCCUUGCAUGCGAACAGGCACAGGUCUCGAGAAUGUCACGCGAAUUGAGUGUCCAAUAGGCAUUCAAGGGUCCCAAGAGGGGGGAACAAUAUGCACGCUCGCCGAUAUAUGCGGCUUUACGGGUUUGAAUGGAGAAGUUCCCAACCAAUGGUACCGAUUUAUUACGGCCAUCGGUUUGCACGGUGGUGUGCUGCACUUGGCCUUCAACAUGAGUUUUCAAGUCCGCACGGGUUUCCAAAUGGAAAAGGACUUUGGGUGGUGGCGGAUUGCCGCUAUUUACCUUGCGAGUGGAAUUGCAGGAUUUGUGUUUGGAGCCAACUUCAAUCCCUUGACUCCUAGCGUUGGAUGUUCUGGGGCAUUAUAUGGUCUUAUGGCGUGCCUACUCCUGGACUUGUUCCAAAAUUGGCGUCUCAUUUCGCGACCCUGGCUCGAACUUUUCAAAAUGCUGAUCCAAAUCGUGAUCUCUCUCCUAAUUGGAAUGCUUCCCUUCAUCGACAACUUUGCCCACAUAGGCGGUUUCUACACUGGCAUUGUAGCAGGGCUUCUCUUCAUGCCAACGAUCCAUUUCGGUAAAUGGGACAAGUGGAGAAAGCGAAUACUGAUGAUCAUCGCCUUGCCUGCCUUGGUGUUGAUAAUGGUUUUCCUGAUUCGAGGGUUUUAUGGCAGUGGACCUGGAUGUACUUGGUGUAAGUAUUUGAAUUGUAUACCGGGAAUGCCGUGGUGUGAAGAAAAAUGGAGUGCCGCCCAGGUGGUGACACAGACGAAUUCAACAGCAAGAUGAUAGUGUGGGUCAAAUAGGAACCAUAGCGUGCACGGCAUUUAGCUUUAUUUUAGUGCGUGCGCUAUGAAACUCUACUUUAUUCUGUAACAACGACGUCGUGAUUUUAUUUUGCAACCUGUUAAAACAGUCAUGUGCUGAUCGUAAGCCGAUCGUUAGACGGCGCACAAGCCAA